GACUGCUCUCUGCCUUCCUCAAGAACCCCACUCGAUCUACCCCAAACCCUAGGAUUCAGACCUACGCAUUCUUCUCAGCAAAACCUUGUAAGAACCGUGGUGAUAUGUUACUCGCUGCAGGCCAAAGAAUGGGGAGAAAUAACCACGCUGAUUCUUGCCAAAGAAGAGCAAGAUUCUGGAUUAUUCCUCAAAGAAGUUAUGCCAACUGUUCUAAACCAGUCGGCUCUGAACCUGGCAUUCAUCUAUUAUCCUGCCAGGAGCAAGAUGGAGACGUGGCAAUGAACGAUUCCUAUGUGGGCCCUGGAGUAAGAUACACUCCCUAUGCCAUCCCAACCUACUAUCCGAGAGAUAGUUGUCAUAAUGGAGACCAAAACCAUGAUCACAUGGAAAAAGAGAGAAAAUCUCCAGAUGAAGAAAUGGAGGAUAAUAAUCGGGACAGGACCUCUAGGAAGUUAUUCAAGAUCACAAUAUCUAUUUAUUCCAUGUCUUCUGAUAUACCCAACUCAAAGCAGAAAUGGCUGAAGUCCAGAAAUGCGAAACUGAUAAAGGUGAUCAAGAAGAAACAAGAUGAUGUUCACCAGGAAGCUCUUGACCUCGUGAGACAACACUGUGCCCCAGACAUGACGAGCCAUGAUACUGAAAUACAGUCCAAUCUUGGAAAUGGCACGGCUGCCUCCUUGGAGAUCCAGGAAGAAAACAUGCCCAAGCUUUUGCCCUUUAACUCGAGCAAGAAUAAACCCUACCGUUUGGAUAGCCUGUCUGACAGAGUGCGGAAGACGCCCGACAUCAAGAGCCCACACCUUUUACAAAAUAAGGCUGAAGGGGAGAUGGCCGGGGUGAAAGGGCUGGAGCCAGAAGAGAUGUGUGCAGACACAAAGCCUCUGUGCACCACCUUCCCAGAUGAGCCCACCAACGUAAGUGAACUCCUUGACUUGUUCCCCAAGUUAUUAAGCCUGGAUGAUCAGGAGCUGCCCUCACCUGUUUUCUCUGACACUGGGGAUAACAAGAAGUUACCAGUCUGCAAGGGGAGCAUCUAUGGAUCAGACACCAUGAAGAAUCUAGUCUGGAAGUUCCUGAAGCAGUAUUACAGUAUCUACGAUGAUGGGGACCGACAGAGUCUCCUGAGUGCUUACCACGACAAUGCCUGCUUCUCACUGAGUACUCCCUUCAAGCCUGAGGAACCAUCCCUAAUCAACUUGCCCAAAUACUCCAAGGACAACAGGAAUACGGAGGAGCUCAACAGAUUUGGCCUGUCUGUUCAGUUGCUGAAACAUACAAAGACGGAGAUUGUUGACUUCUUCAGUGUGUUGCCCAAGACCCUGCAUGACCUCAGCUCCUUUGUGGUGGACACGUGUGUCGAGACGGAAAAUAUGCUCUGCUUUUCUGUCAAUGGGCUGUUCAAAGAAGAAGUGGAAGGAAUGUGUCAGGCUCACGUUUGUGCCUUCACGCGGAUCUUCAUCGCUCUUCCUGGUACCAACUCCAGUUUACGCAUCGUGAAUGACCAAUGGUCUGUGAAGAGCAUCAGCUCCAAAGAGAGCCAGAGUGCCUACUCCACUCUGGUGCCCACACCUGCCUUUAGCUCCAUGCACACUGUUUCCCAGGAGCAGCAGAAAAUGGCACAGGUAUUCUCUGUUCCAUCUGGUAUGAGCCUCCAGUGACCUCAGAAGUGAGUGCCUGCAUUGGGUGGGGAUGGCGGGGAGCUGGGAGGA